AUGGAUCAACUUAUAAAGGAAGCAAAAGCGUAUCUUUUACAGAGAGAUAUCGUAAAUAGAAUAAAAGAAGAUAAUAGUGAUGGAACGAUCGAUACACUCAGCACUAUUUUUGAAACACUAUCAAAACCAAUCAUCGAUAACUCAAUCGUUUUAGAUGAUCCUGGCAGAUUGAUUUUAAUUGAUACUUUUUCGAUAUGGAUGGUUAGGUCCACUAAAAUUAUUCAAAAUAAGAAAAUUAAUAGUGUAUCUUUUUCUAGAACUAUUGAAAAUAAAUUAUUAUCAUCACAAAACUGUAACAUAAUCCUUCAAUAUAUCAUUGAUUUUUGGUCCGACAGUACUCCUGCUCUAAGUAAUGCACUGAGAGAUUUGUUAAACAAAUUCCUAACUCUAUUAAAGAUUGUUCUCCCAAAUGAACAAUUCAAUGAAUUUUUAUCGUAUUGGCUUGACUUAAUUUUGACAAUUCCAUCUAUGUUACGUAUUCACUAUAACCUAAUUGAAAUAUUUGCAGUUGAUUUGGAUAUGUAUAAUCUAUUGGAGAAGAGGCCACAUUUUAUUGAAAGUUCUCUACAUGAAAUUGCGAAGGAAUCUCUAGCUAACGCCAUUGGGAAAUGUCUAGUCAACGUGCUAGUCAACAUCUAUAAAUUGCAUUUCAAGAAUGAUAUUAAGAAUAUUAUCCCAUGGAUAUCAUUGUGGAAUGAACACACACUUUCAGGCCUUCAGCAGCAAAAAUAUACAAAACCCAUAUCGUUGUAUUUUUUGACCCCAUUAUUUAAGAACAUGCCAUCUGAGGCGUUUGUCCAAUUUCUUCAAAAUAAAGAUUUACAAAAUGAACCAGCUUUGCUGUUGUCCUUAUUGAAAAUUGGUCAAAAUAUAUGUAUUGAAGAACCUUUUCAUGAUAACAAAUUAAUAUCUUUAGAACAAUUGGAAAUUUUUCUACAAACUGACGAAUAUAAACUUGCUACUUUUGAAAUUUUGACUUAUGCCAGUAAAAAAUCAAAAAUUGUACAACCUUAUAUCUUUGAAAUUAUUAAACGCAAUUUAAGAAUAUAUUUUGCAGAUGUAGAGUUAGAAAACAGAAAUUAUUUUAUUAGUUCUUUCAAACAUUUCAUUAUAAGAAUACGAGAUUCUGCAUACGCUAUGAAUAGACAACUAUUUAAACUUCGAAAAGCUGAAAAAUUUCCAAAAGAACAAUCUGAUUUGGAAAACCGUUUGGAUCAGUAUUUAUUAUUUUUGCAGUGGGUGGUUCGAUUUUUGAAAUGUGAAAUGGUGCCAGGUUCUCAAUACCAUAGAAAUUUAAUGUCAUUAAAUAUUCUGAACAUAUUAAUCUGUUCUGGUCUUGACAAAGAAAUACCAGAAAAAUAUUUAUACAAACAAGAACCGAGAGAAUACCCAUUUGAGGUGUCAUUGAGUAAAGAUCAAACAAUAUUUAGACUUUUGGUCGAUAACCUUUCCGAUAAUGUUCCUGAUAUUCGUAAGAUAUCAAAGGAAAUCUUGUUGAUAUUUAACAAGACCGAGAAUUCAUCUACACUGUUUGGAAAAAUAGAUAUAGCACAUUUUAACGAUAUAGUUUAUAAGAAUAUGGAAAUUUAUCAAAAUGUUGAUAUUGGUGCCACAUUAGAAUCGUUUUUGUUUAAUGUAACUCAAGAUCAAUCAAAAUAUUUACUGUCACUCCUCGAAAAAUUAGACCUGGAAGUUGCAAAAGUGCAAAGUGAUUACAUAUCUAACGCUAAUAAUAAAAUCAGCAGUUAUUUAUCAUCAUUGAGUCUUAUAUUAAAUGAAUUAGAUUCAAAGUCCGAAAUUCUAGAUAUUGAAAUUAUUAUUCAACACGUAUGGGAUGACAUAUUAGAAAUUUGGGAACUAGUAAGGGAUAUAUUAUGUUAUGAUGCUUCUGAUAGUUUACUCCCAGAACAAUUCUUGAAUAGUGGGCUAUCAGACCAACUGCUGUCAAGUUAUGCAUAUAGGUCCGUAAAGGAAAUGUCUGCCGUGUUGAUUGUAUUAUUAGAUAAAUAUGCUCUUUCAGAACAUAUGCUGAUGUCAAUCGGUGAUCUUCUAAUUAAUCAAUUAUUUUCAAUCCGCCACAGUGGUGCAUUCCAAGCUGUUCUUCCAACUUUUAGAGAAUGUUGUGUAAGAUGUGAGAAAAACCUUCCUGCUCAAUUAGAUAUGUGGUUAACUCUAAUAUUGGAGGAACUUCAAACCAAAACCCAGCAUAUUACAAGAAGAUCAGGUGGUCUACCCUUCUUAUUAACAAAUAUUUUACGUGCAGAAACUCAUAAACAAAGGCCGAAAUUAAAGUCUGUUUUCAAUAAAUUAUUCGAGCUGGCCAAUUUAGAGAUCCCAGAACAUCAAGAUAAAUUAGACAUUCCUCAAAUAAAUGCAAUUAAUUGUAUCAAAGCGAUAUUCAUUGAGUCCGGUUUGUCUGAUUCUUGUCAACCAUAUAUCCCAGCCGCCCUACAGUUAUCAUUCAAAUAUUUUAACUCCGAUAUUUGGGCUCUCAGAAACUGUUCUUUAAUGCUUUUUACUUCCAUCCAGAAUAGAAUUUUUGGGAAAUCUGGUAAAGUCUUAAGUGCUAGACUAUUUUUUACGAAGUAUGUAGGCAUUAAGGAAUCGAUGUACAAGAUUUUAGCAAUGGCAAAUUCCUUCGAUACAACCAGUGUAGAAGAUGAGAGAAAAUAUGAAUCCAUUUUUUUGGUCCUAAACAUUCUAUUAUCAAUAAAAUCUUCAUCAGGUUCUAACGAAUUAGAUGAAAUUCUUGACGAAGUUGAAAAAUUUCUGGGUGACAAAAAUUGGAAGGUCCGUGAUGUUGCCGCUAGGGUCAUAGCUUCACUACAUCAGGAUCCUUACGGGAAAGCAUUAUCAAUAAUAAAUAGACUAAAGCUAUCAAACCAAAAUUUAUUACAUGGUUCAUUGUUUACUGUGUAUUAUGUCGUACACAAUAGAUCAACUUAUGAUGACACAUGUGAUAACCAAAGUUAUACGAACCUUGUAGAUAACUUAAUUAAAAAAGCUAGUCUAUUUACAAAAGAAAAUACAUGUUUCGAGACAAGUAUGGCUUAUCUAAAGAUAGUUAAGUUGAUACUAAAUAGGAUACCUAAUACUACAUCAAGUGUUUUGUCUCACUUUUUUGACGACUUAAAAAUUUACUUUUUAUACCAUCUCUCCAUAACUGAGAGCUAUGGAAGCAAGCAGCUAUGUCUAUCGAUUGCUCUUGAGAUUUUAUUAUCUUAUGGACCAAUAGAAAUAUUUUUUAUGCUAUGUGACAAUAGUAUCCAUUCAAAGCUCUAUGAAAUUCAAAGGACAGCAAUUUGGUUUAUAACCGAAUAUGAUUUAUUGGGAACUGUGGGCGACAUUGAGAAGGAUAAAAUAGUUAAAAGACUUCUAGAAUUGCUGCAAACAGAGAGUACUCUUCCAAGUGUGAAAACUGGAGCAGUGAAAGCUUUAAGGGGAAUUAAAAAUGGUAUUGACAAAACCCUGGCUCUAUCUCUAAUUACUUCACAAAAUUCAGAAACCACAAAAUUAGCAGUUCUUGAAAUAUUAGGUACCACCAUUUCCUCAGAUAAUUUUGAUACGUAUUGGAACAUUAUAUCAAGAUAUGCAAAGGAUUCUUCCAGCGAAAAUACUAGACUAUCAGUUUUGCAUUCAAUUCAAAAUUUUUCCAAAAAUACACAAAAGAUUGAAGUAUUGGUACUUCUUCAUAAAACAUUAAGUGAUGAUGAUAUUGAUAUUAGAGAUGAGGCUUCUCAUUUUAUGAACCAGGAAUUAUUAAGUAACGAGGAGUUUCAGUUGGAAGUCAGUGCAGUCGUUACAUCUACAAGAUUAUAUGAUUUGUUGAGUAAAUAUUGUACCGAAGCGGAAAUUAAAAUGUAUUUGAGUAAAGCGGUAAUGAACUACUUUUCGAGCAAUAAUGUAUUUUCUCAGUUAAAUGAACAGACCAAUAUUCUAUUCAAUGCCGAAGAAGAUAAUCAAUAUAGAAACAAUAUUGAAUUAAUAACCCAAUAUAUCGCAAUCUUGAGAAGAUACACAGUCUCAAAAGAACUUUCUACUUUCUGCGAACAUUUCAUAACCCAAUUGGACUCUACCAUUAAUACAAAAGGAAUAGUAGAUGGUCCUCAAGGAUGGCUUUCAACACAUUUCCCGCUUUCAGUUAUUAUUUUAUUAAAGGAACUGGUAGAAUUGUGCCACCCAAACAAAUCUAAAGAAUUUGCUCUGAUGUUAAAGGCUUGUCACGCGCAUCCGAUAGUGUCAGAAUAUUUAUAUAUCGAUAAUUGA